AUGUCAAGUGGUGGAUGCAGCAUAGUUUGGUUCAGAAGAGAUCUGAGGGUAGAGGAUAACCCUGCACUUGCAGCAGGUGUUAGAGCAGGUGCUGUGGUUGGUGUUUUCAUAUGGGCACCUGAGGAAGAAGGACAAUAUUAUCCUGGUAGAGUUUCAAGAUGGUGGCUGAAGAACAGUUUGUCUCAUCUUGAUUCAUCUUUGAGGAAUCUUGGUACUCCUCUUGUUACCAAAAGAUCAACUGAUAGUAUUUCUUCUUUGCUUCAAGUUGUUAAGUCCACUGGAGCCACUCAAAUCUUUUUCAACCAUUUAUAUGAUCCGUUGUCACUGGUGAGGGAUCAUAGAGCGAAGGAAAUUUUAACGGCUCAAGGAAUUACGGUACGAUCGUACAACUCGGAUUUAUUGUAUGAACCAUGGGAUGUGAAUGAUGAACAUGGCCAACCAUUCACAACUUUUGAUUCUUUUUGGGAAAGAUGCCUUAGCAUGCCUUAUGACCCACAAGCACCUCUUCUCCCACCUAAAAGAAUUAUUCCAGGUGAUGUAUCAAGAUGUCCUUCUGAUACAUUGGUGUUUGAAGAUGAAUUAGAGAAAUCAAGCAACGCGCUUCUUGCUCGAGCGUGGUCACCAGGGUGGAGCAAUGCGAACAAGGCAUUGACGACAUUUAUAAACGGUCCACUGAUCGAGUACUCUGUGAAUCGUAGGAAAGCAGACAGCGCCACAACCUCAUUCCUCUCCCCACAUUUGCAUUUUGGAGAAGUUAGUGUCAAGAAAGUAUUCCAUCUCGUCCGAAUUAAGCAAGUGUUUUGGGCGAAUGAAGGAAACAAAGCCGGCGAAGAAAGUGUUAACUUGUUUCUCAAGUCAAUUGGUCUUCGAGAGUAUUCAAGGUACAUCAGUUUCAACCACCCGAAUAGUCACGAAAGGCCUCUUCUUGGACACCUUAAGUUUUUCCCUUGGGUGGUCGACGAAGGAUAUUUUAAGGCUUGGAGACAAGGAAGAACGGGUUACCCUUUGGUGGAUGCUGGAAUGAGAGAGUUGUGGGCUACUGGUUGGCUUCAUGAUCGAAUUCGCGUUGUCGUUUCGAGUUUCUUUGUUAAAGUUUUGCAGCUUCCUUGGAGAUGGGGGAUGAAAUAUUUUUGGGAUACCCUUUUGGACGCUGAUCUUGAAAGUGAUGCUCUUGGCUGGCAGUAUAUAUCUGGUACUUUACCCGACGGUCGUGAGUUCGACAGAAUUGAUAAUCCACAGUUUGAGGGAUACAAAUGCGAUCCAAAUGGAGAAUAUGUGCGACGCUGGCUACCGGAACUUGCAAGACUACCGACUGAAUGGAUACAUCAUCCUUGGAAUGCACCAGAAUCAGUACUCCAAGCUGCAGAAGCAGCUUCAAGAACUGCAGCCGAAAACGGAACCGAAGAAGGUCUUGGAGACUCUACUGAAUCCGCCCCUAUUGCUUUUCCUCAAGACAUACAAAUGGAGGAAAGACACGAACCUGUUAGGAACAAUCCGCUUCACGGUACUCGGCGCUACCAGGAUCAAAUGGUACCAAGUAUGACUUAUUCUAGAGUGAGAGCGGAAGACGAAGAAACUUCUUCGGUUCGAAACUCAGCAGGAGACAGCAGAGCUGAAGUGCCAACAAAUGCAAACACACGGCAAAAUGGACGAGAACCAAUGGACCAAGGAAUGUUGCAGAAUGUAAAUAGAAACACUAGACAACGUCGUAAUAAUACUACAACUACAUUUUGGCUGAGAAAUGCAGCAGAAGAUUCAACAGCAGAAUCUUCGAGUAGUAUGAGAAGAGAAAGAGACGGAGGUGUAGUUCCGGAGUGGUCGCCACAGGCUUCUAACUUCUCAGAUCAAUUUGUAGAUGAUGAAAAUGGUAUAGGAGCCACUUCACCUUACUUGCAGAGGCAUCCACAGUCUCACCAAAUGAUGAGUUGGACACGCCUACCUCAAACUGGAUAA